AGAGGGGUGAAGGAAAAGCAAAGAUUCCAAGUGAGUGAGAAUUGUAAAAAGUAAGUAGAGUUGAUUGAAUCAAAGAUCAUAAGAGAUUACCCAUUGUGGUCAUAGUUUCUCUUUUGUCUCAAAAUCAGAGCAGAUUCGAGGUUCAAAAUUCCAACUCCCUUCUCCAUUAACACAAAAAACUCUUUUCUCUCUCCUACGCAGCCAUCACGUGUCUAUCUCAGGUACUUCAUCGUGUUUUUCGCUUCUACUCUGCAUCCACCACCCCACCAGCGAGACACUGGCUCAGAAAAUAAUACACCCACAUCACAAGGACGCAGAGCGACACAGGAGGAGCGGAGAUUUCUGGACUGAAAACUCACUCAAAUUCGAUCAAGACUCUUUCUUUCUUUCAUUUUUUUUAAGCAAAAAUGCAAAAUGGGUUCGUACUCAGAGUUGCAGGCUUUUCCACAGCCGUCUUUACCAUUAUUACCACUAUCAUUAUUACCAUGCACAAAGAAAGUUAUAGAGUAGUGGCUACAGCUAAGUCGGGUUGCUCUUCCUCGGUGCCCUCGUUGCCGCCGCCUUGCCCAAAGUCUCCACCUGAGUAUCCAGAUUUGUAUGGCAAGCGCAGGGAAAUGGCUAAGGUGCAGAUGCUUGAGAGAGAAAUUGGUUUUCUAGAGGAGGAACUAAAAUCUGUUGACAGUCUGCAGCCCGCAUCCAGAUGCUGCAAAGAGGUCACUGAAUUUGUGGUUGCUAACCCGGAUCCUUUAAUGCCAACAAAUCGAAAGAAUCGAAGGUCUUGUCGAUUCUGGAAGUGGCUGUGUGGAAUACCCUGCUUUAAUUUCUCAUGGAUUUGUUGUUGCUGCUACUCGGGAUGCUCUUUGCGCAUACACUUGCCCCGCUGUUGUGACUGCAACUGCAACUGUGAUCCAUGUGACUUAUGUAACUGCUGUUCAUGUAUUCGCUGCCCAGCACCCAAUUGGCGGUGUUGCUCUUGCCGGAGCUGUUGCCCUUUCCCUUGCUCUUGCUCUUGCUGUUGCCCUUGCUCUUGCUCUUGUCCUUGCUCUUGCUCUUGUCCUAGAUCCAGUUGCUGUAGAAACAUUUCAUGCUGCAGUGACUGCUGCACGUGUGGAUUUCCUUCGUGCCCAGAUUGCUCUUGCUGCAGAUGUUCAUUCCCAGAAUGCAGUUGUUGCACAUGGUUAUGCUGUUGUCCUAGAUGGACAUUCUCUGCUCCUAAAUGUCCUAAAAGCCCCAAGUGUCCUGAGAUUUGAGCUGAACCCUUGAGACAUGGUGAUUCAUUCAUGCACAUCCAUAAUUCAAAUAUAUGGACCUACCAAAUACUGGUGCAAAUUAAUUGAACUGGCAAGCCAUAUUCUUGAUGGCUGAUGGUUGCUGCUGGCCUCUAGCUUCCUGCAAAGACUGAAACUACAGGGAGUUGUCUUUUUCUUCACUUCUAUAAAUUAUAGCUAUUCAAGAUAAGGUUAUAUACGGGCCGGCUUUCUAUCUGUCAAUAAUACAAGAAGGACAGCAGGGUUGCAAUAGUGGUAAGCUUAUCAAACAAAGAACCAAUAAUUUAAGUUUUAGAGCAUCAACUUUGCUGACCAUUACUAGUAUUAGAAAUAAAUAGUGUCAAGAGAACAUUCAGUCAACUGGUGAAGAAUAAUACAUAGUUUCUGUGCAAAA